AUGAGCGCCACAAGGGUGAUUGUUUUAAUCACCAUUUUCGUCCAUCAGCUGAUCCUGAAGGCUUGCAUUUUUGGCCGUAAUGCCAAUCGCAAAGGCGUUCUGCCUGGGAGCUACUUUUACUUUCUGCCUGACCUCCUUAUCCUCCGUCUCCGAAAUACCGCAUUUCUUCACCGUUUAUUUACCUGUCUCCAUAAACCCCUUGCAAUUUUUCAUUCCAACAAAUUAUCUACCGACUAUUCGAACAUAGGUAAAUGUUUCUCUCGUUUUUUGUUUCGUGCGCUCUUUUGUUUUAUUACCUGUGCCUUGAUGCAUAGAGCUGGGUGGCUUAUUUCCACUUCCAGUCAUCCCCUAUUAUAGUAACCUGACUUAAAUUUACUACAAUUCAGCUAAUUCCCACACGUCGUUUUCAAAGACGGAUGCCCGAAUCUUCCUCCAUUAACACCGUUGGUUAUAGCCUUUACAAGUGUUUCGGCUCCAUUCUUCGUCCCUUAACUACAAUUCGUCCACCAAACACGAUUACAAGUACCAUUAUCGUUGAUGACUUGCCUGUGAGUUCGACUAUAGUCGUUGUGACUUACUCAUUCUCAAUCUAAAUCCUCUUCUGCGCACACAAUGCUUCUAAGGCAAGCCCAGGCCCGAUAGACUGCAAACAUGCCACUGGUAUCUCUGUGAUCUGGCGUGCUUCAUCUCACGGGGAGGAGCAGCAGACACUCGACAGUCAUUGACAGCAGAUCCGGAGAAUUUCGGACACUCCUUUCUUUAACCCUGGCCGUACCAAAAAUUGAAGCAGCCAAGUUAACACAUCACGAACAUGCCACUCAUCACAUUCCCGAUUUUCUCGUGUCCGUGAAAAUGUCUGCGGUUUGAGCGGCGUUGGUUAGCAUAUGUUUACUAUAUUAGCCUUUACAAAGCCCGUCAUCCAACAAAGGUAUCGCAGAAUUGAAGGCCUCAACGAAGAACCUAUUUCCCCACGCUUGCUCGGUUGUUUCAUGGAACAAGUAUGCCAAAGUAUCCACGAGACUUCCAAACUUCCUCAUCGAUGCCAUGCAUUCAGUUAGAAAAUCAGGAGCUGAUUAUGGGGUAGUCAAUUCAACUUACCACAAGACUAUCGUUGGACACUGAGUCAGCUGACGUAAACAGCCGAUUGCGACCAGCAAAACUCAGCACCUUUUAAACACUGUCGCACCCAGAAACAAACUUCAAGGGACCAGUUGCGAACUUCUUUAGAGUCGCUUGAUCUAGCCAGGUUUCCCCAAUCAUCAGCAUUGAUUAGUGGAUUACGGUAAAGGAGAUUUCCAAUCACUUUUUGCAACUACAAAUAGGCAUCUUUAUCGCGCUGGUCGGCAGGUGAUUUUUGAACUUAGGCAGAAACAGCAGAUGGUUGCAAAUUACUCUCCCAGUCGUACUCGAGCUAUUCGAUAAUUAGCUUGUUUUCAUGCCAAUAUUCCUUCGUUUGCCUGUACCAGGAAGCGAUUCGGACACAGUGCUAAACCCUCAUUCGGGAGUUCACUCACAGCCUCUUUGAUUUUUCGCGCUUGGGAUCUCCACUUUAGACCAGUCGCAGGCACGCACGUUGUGUUGUGCAAGAGUACGCAUGGUCAAACUUAUUCUUUAUCCACCAGGAAUCGAUCUUUUAGCGUCGUUACGUUGAUGACACGUUUGUUGUCUCCAGGAAGAACAUGCUGCAGAGUUCGCAAUCUGCUUAACUCAGUCUUCCUAGAUAUACAGUUCAUAGGGGAAGAAACGACGGAGCGGCAUCUCAUCAGAUGAAGUCCCAACAGCAAAAAAGGAAUUAAUUUACACGAAAGCAACGAACGCCACAUAGUCUCCCAUUUUCCGCUGCAACAGAAUCACCCGGCUGAGAGGAAUUGCAAAUAGCCUGACAAAUAAGUUUGUGUCGUUUUCCAGUGUCUAUUUUACUGGGUUAACUGAUGGAUUCGCCAUGGACACAUCCGACCCGAGAUGUCUGAAGAGACGGUUUCAGGUUUCUAACAGUGAUUGAGCUGUGCGAAUCUAAGGCUUUUGUCAACCGCCUCCUAGACCGUUUUCUUCAUUGAUGACCAUUUGCUACUGCCUACUCAUUUGACUCGAGAUCUAAUAGAGACAAAGUUUGUGUCCGGGGUCUCGGUCGUUUUGGUUGUUGUAGUUGCUUGAAACUAAGACAUCUUGCACAAAACACUUUGGUCCCCGGGUGCGCGGUGAACUUCGAGGCCUCUGCGAGUGGAAACAUGGUUCUGACCCAUAGAGCCUAUCAGCUUCGUCACCACAUGUCAAUCUGCCUCGAAACCUGGAAUUGUGUAGGUCAUAGUCAGUCUAGACGGCCUUCACUGUAUCAUUUAAAUGCCAUAUUGGCCUUUAACAACUAUUCAUAAAUCAGGUGUUGGUGGCAACCAGUUGACUUUAGUAAUCGUAAUCGUUUCAUUAGUGUCACAUAAGCAGCCAAACGUGAAACAACCAACAAGGUGGCCGCUUGUAGAGUCUCUUGACGCUUGUCAAAAGUAUUCAGCAGAUAACACCGAAGAAGCCUCUUGCUCAGUUCAUUCAACUGCAAGUAGAAGGCAUCAUUGUUACCCUAGUCCUGCAGGUGAUUUUGUGACUUACGCAGAAACAACAAAGUUAUUACAAAAAUACCCCUUCAGUCAUACGUAGGCUAUCCGAUCGUUGGCUGGUUCUCCGGCAUGUACUACAUGGCUCGCCAGUGAAGGGAGUGCAAUCGUCACAUCGUAUUUCCCCGAGAACUUACACGGCCUGAUCUAAUAGGGUGAAGUAGGAUUUGCCUACCCGCAUCUUGACUUCCUGAUAUCCUGGUUUGGAAUUCAAGCUUAUGGCAGGCAAUAGACACUUAUUUCGUGCUGAUGAAAUCUGCACGAUGUCCGACUUUUGAUGUUAGGGUCAGCGGACUUGCGUUUUAUUAUCCAGUUCUAACAGUCAGCUCUCGAUUAAACAAUCCUGUUCACAUACUGUUCGCCUGCGUUACUGAGCGCGUUGAUUGUCGCGGACGCUGUAUUAUGAAUCGUGAUGCUAAAAUCUACCCGCGCGGCUAAAUGUCAAAGUUUACCUUCCUAAAGCUUCCACGUGGUAAUCUACCAGCCGGCGAUUGUCGCUAGAAAACCUGUUUUAUGUUGGCUCGUGACUGUCCUGUUAUGCAGAUCUUUGGACUAUUCGGCAAUUUAUCCGGCUUGUCAAAAGUCAGCCUUCUGCGCCCCGAUAGUACCGUCGGCUCUGAUUUGUUGCCACUUAUUUGUUAGACUGUAGCACCUGGUUAUUUCGCAGUUGGGAUCUUGGGAAAAAAGAUCCGAUACACUCGGGUAUCUCUGUUUCCAGGAACAGGGGACUGCACUCUUUGCUGUUCACUCUUCCGCCAUCAUUUUGGUCUUCGCGGAAUCUCGUUUUACGCCGAAUUUGCAGGAUGCCAUUUGGCGAUGCGCCCGUUUUAUCGAAGCAAUUUACGUGUUAGACGACGACGACGUCGGGAUUCCUGCCAUGAUGGGGACCCCCGUAAUGGUAGAGUUCUGUGCGCAGAAGUAUUUCCGUCGCCUUAUUGGAUAGGAUUUAUGAGAUGUCUCCGUCAUGGGAAAUGUCAUUGCCGGCAGCGAUGUACUUGCUUUUCUCGCGUAUGUUGAUAGCCUUUAACAGUUAAGUUCUCAAGUAGGCGGUCAGAAUACGUUAUCUCACAUUUACCAUAGGCCCUCCCUCGAAUAUCCAUGUCAGCUCACGAUGUGGACUAUGGAGGCUACUAAACCUGUACUGGCGGCAACAAAUGCAAUCCCAAUUAGGGUACUUAAGCAGCCGGAGAAACAAACGAUUUUAAGGAUGCCCUCGUGCUGUUUUCUCCCUAGUUAAUCCCGCUUCCCAACCCAGAACAUGUACGUCUUCCUGA